AUGAUACAAUUCCGCCCUCGUAGACCGCCAAGGAUAGUCGAUGCUAUAUUCCGACAUUCACACUCACACGCUACUCUUCACAAGAAUGAAUCCCAAUCCUCAGCGCGUACUUCCCUUCCAUCACUCUUCAAUAAAACACCACACAACGCCGCCGGAGUGCAACUUCUCACUCCCUCCCUCCGUGCCCAACUCUUCCCUACUUCCACCUUCCCCCCACCGCCACAGCACACGAUCCACCGUUCACUGGAACAUCUCUCCCAGCACGGGCUGGACACUUCCUCUGCCUCCUCCCUCCCUCCCUUGGAACUCCCUCUCCCGCCCUUAGUAGGUCAAAACCUCGACGAACACUUCCACCGUUUAGGACGCGCGUAUGCCGAGCCUAGUCUCUCCCUCUCACGCGCGUUCGCACGCGUUACUCUCCCCCUUGUGCCGGAAACAUGGGCCCUAGUGAGCGGGUGGACGAUGUACACUUCUGACGGGUCUUGCGAGCCUGUUCCCCACCUGCCGGAAGACGAACAAGCAGCAGUAUUCGACGUUGAGACCAUGCCGCAUUAUUCGCCCUACCCCGUGAUCGCCUGCGCAGCAACGGAACGAGCUUGGUACUCCUGGCUCUCUCCCUGGAUACUUGGGGAGUCCUCCGACCCGCAGCACCUGAUCCCUCUCGGCCCGGUGGGAGUCGUAGUAGGGCAUAACGUGGCGUUCGACCGGCAGAGAGUGAGGGAAGAAUACGAUCUGAGGGGCACGGGAACGACUUGGGUCGAUACGAUGAGCUUGCAUAUCGCUACGCAUGGGAUCUCGAGUCAUCAGAGGCCGGCGUGGAAUAAGUAUAAAGCGGGGAGGAGGGCGGCGAGGGUUAGGGCUGUGGAGAGUGUGGAUGCGGUAAGGGGGUUGAUUGAGGAGUAUGAGAGGGAGCUUGGGGAGCUGGAGGGGGAGGGGAGGGAGGAGAUGGAAAGACGUAUCCAGGAGCUCCAAGAGGGCCUACAAGCGCUUAUACUCCAGCAAGAAGAGGGCGCAGGAGUGUUCUCCGACGACGCAGUCACAGUCUCACUCGCAGCCACCUCCGACCCCGACCCUGACCCCGACUCCGACUCCGAUCUGAACGAAACCGACCCCCAGCGUGGCAAGAGAUGGGAAGAGAUGUCCUCCGGGAACUCACUGGUCGACGUCGCCCGCCUCCAUUGUGGUCUCACGAUCGAAAAAGACGCGCGGGAAGACCUGCUCACCUUUUCCCGGGAAGAGAUCACCAGGGACUUACCGGCGUACAUUGGGUAUUGUGCUGGGGACGUAGCGACCACGCAUGAGGUGUUCAGAGUUGUUCUUCCCUCUUUUCUCGCCACUUGCCCGAGUCCGGUCACCUGGGCUGGGGUGGGGACGAUGGGCCAGUCUUUCCUCCCGGUCGACGAGGGGUGGGAACACUAUAUCAGGAAAGCGGAAAACAAGUACCGAGAGCUAGAAGGGAGGGUCAAACGGAAUUUAGAGAUGCUGGCUGAGAAGGCUAGGUACGGGGGGUGGGAGGGCGCGAAAGGGGACGUGUGGUUGGAACAGCUCGAUUGGGAGAUGAAGAGGAAGAAGAGGGCGAGAGGAGCCGGAGCAGGAGCAGGCGAAGGAGCAGGAGAAGAGCAGGGCGUACCAGCCUGGUACUGGGAAUUCACAGCCCACCCCCCUCUGGCCGAACAGAACGUACGCCAGUUCCUACCCCUUGUCCUAAAGCUCUCAAUAGGGGGGUCGGCACUGGUCUAUUCCCCUAAAGUUGGCUGGGUGUGUAGGGUGCCGUUUACUGAGCCGCCGGUGGAGGCGCCUUUCGCGGCGGGGGAAGGGCGGGAGGGGCAGGGGCAGGGAGAAGGCAGGGGAGGGGAGGGGCAGGGAAAGGAGGGAAAGGGGCAGGAGGGGAGGUGGUACAAGUUGGGCAGGGCGGCUGCGCACAAGCUUUUGGCGAAGAGGUUCAGGGGGUUGGAGGCUGGUGGUGCUUCCCCCUCUGGGGGGGAGGGAGCGGGUGACGGGGGAGAGAAGAGCGUGUGGAGACGGCUGGGAGAGGGAGAGAGGGGUGAGCAACUGGAAGCUGAGGUUAUGAGGUUGGUGGAGCGGUUGAGGGAGGAGGGGAUGAGACUUGGAUUUGGGCGUGAGGGCGAGGACCCCUGGGAAGCCCAGCUCGACUGGACGCUCGUCACCCCCCGUCCUCCUCCCACGGCCGACAAAUCAGAGACCUGGCCUAAAUGGUACUGGGACCUAUGUACCUCUUCCGCCCCCGGGGAGCAGCCAAAGCUGGAGAUCACCCCCCGCUCCCGAGUCGCUCCCCUCCUGCUUAAACUCCGGUGGCAGGGUUACCCGCUCUUUUACUCCAGGCAGCAUGGGUGGACGUAUCGUGUCCCCCCCUCAUCUGUGUCGACACACAAGACUCGCCAGAAGCCUCUCUCUUUUACGCAUGACGAUGACCUCCCCCUCGCGCAGGCGGUUGAGGGAGGGUCUGGGUUUUAUAAGCUGCCGCAUAAGGCUGGGGAAGAGAGUAAUGUUGGGAACCCUCUGGCGAAGACGUUCGUAAAGUAUGCUUCGGAUGGGAUCCUUACGGCCGACAAUGGCGAGGACGCGGAUGCGGAUGCGCAGAGGUGUGCGGCGGACGCGAUGGAUAUGAACGCUCAGUGCUCGUAUUGGAUCAGUGCUAGGGAUCGGGUUAUGAACCAGAUGGUGGUUUGGCAGGAUCAGGCGACUUCGGCGUCGGCUCUCGACAUGGGCUUCGCGAACGAGCCGAACAACCAAGCCCCGGGCAAGAAACGUGGGAUCAUCCUCCCCCAAGUGAUCGCCAUGGGUACCGUCACCCGGCGAGCGAUCGAGAAGACCUGGCUGACCGCCUCGAACGCCAAACCUAACAGGGUCGGUUCGGAGCUCAAAGCGAUGGUGCGUGCGCCCGAGGGGUAUUCUAUCGUCGGUGCGGAUGUCGAUUCGGAGGAGUUGUGGAUCUCGAGCGUAAUGGGAGACGCCCAGUUCGGGAUGCACGGUGCGACUGCGAUUGGCUGGAUGACACUUGAAGGCACCAAGGCGAAUGGCACGGACUUGCAUUCCAAGACUGCGAAUAUCUUGGGUAUCUCACGUGAUCAGGCGAAGAUAUUCAACUAUUCUAGGAUAUACGGUGCGGGGCUCAAGCACGCCCAGCUGCUCAUGCUACAGAGUAACCCUAAGCUGCUGGUGGACGACGCCAAGUCCCUCGUACAGAAGUUGUAUGCGAGCACGAAGGGUCAGACGACGCGCACAGACAGGUUCUUCGACCGCAAGUUCUGGUUCGGGGGCACAGAGAGUUUCCUAUUCAACAAACUCGAGGAGAUCGCCCUGAGCGACAAGCCCCUCACGCCUGCUCUCGGCUGUGGCAUCACUCGAGCACUGACGAAGGAGUAUCUAGACCCGUCGGAGUACCUUCCUUCCCGGAUCAACUGGGUCGUCCAGAGCUCCGGGGUCGACUAUCUCCAUUUGCUCAUCGUCGCUAUGCGCUACCUUAUACACAAGUACGACAUCUCCGCCCGAUACCUUAUUUCGGUACACGACGAACUGCGCUAUCUCGUCAAGGACGAAGACCGUUAUCGCGCUGCGCUAGCUCUUCAGAUCGCGAACAUCUGGACGCGCAGUCUGUUCUCCUUCAAGCUAGGGAUGGACGACCUUCCUCAGGGCGUGGCUUUCUUCUCUGCGGUUGAUAUCGACAAGUACUUGCGUAAGGAAACGGACAUGACCUGUGUUACCCCCUCGCAAACCGAGCCUCUCCCACCCGGUCAAAGUUUGGACAUCGAGCAGUUACUCAAGGUCACUAACGGUGGUAUCUUAUCCGCUCCAGGGAAGACGAUGCCCGAGUCGAAAGAGGAAGUUGGCGAUUUGGAAGGCUACGUCCCCCCGGAUUGUAUGAUUCACCGUUCCACCUCCCCGGCGUGGCUUCGCGCUCAGGCCACCAGUGAAUUGAGCGAAAUCCGCAUGCUCUGGAAAGCCGAACAAGAAAAGUCGGGGAAAGGGAAGAAAUUGAAAACGAAGCCAACAAAGGCCGAGGGAAAAAGUGAAAAGCCGAAGCGGGCGACUCCAAAACGCCAAGCAGGGACGCAGGUCGUCACUGUGACCGCUGCCCCUAUCACCCUGGAGCUCUGGGCGGAGCAGCAGGCUAAUAAUAUCUUAAUGAAGAAGAUGUAACGUUUAUCCUAUAAUAGAUUUGCUGUGUUCGAUUGCACACAUUGUACUCUUCAUCAUAAUACCAGUCUAGUGCACCAUCCAA